AUGAAUGACACGGUAACUAUCUGGACCAGGAAGUUCAUGACCAACAGACUACUUCAGUGGAAGCAAAUGGUCAUUGAUGUCCUUCACCCUGGGAAGGCAACAGAAUCCAAGACAGAAAUUCGGGAAAAACUAGCCAAAAUGUAUAAGACCACAACUGAUGUCAUCUUUGUGUUUGUAUUCAGAACCCACUUUGGUGGUAGCAAGACCACUGGCUUUGGCAUGAUUUAUGAUUCCUUGGAUUAUGGAAAGAAAAAUGAACCCAAACACAGACUGGCAAGACAUGGCCUAUAUGAGAAAAAGAAGACCUCAAGAAAACAGAGAAAGGAACGCAAGAACAGAAUGAAGAAAGCCAGGGGGACUGCAAAGGCCAAUGUUGGUGCUGGCAAACAGAAGGAGUAAAGAUUCUUUGGUGACUUUAUCUGUGAAGGUUGUGCAGAUUUUUCAUGAGAGGAUUGAUAAACUAUAAACUUAAAAAAAAAAGCAGUAGAGCAUUUAAAAAUGUAGAUUAAAGUCCUUGAAAAAAGUAUUUUUUAUAUUAAAUGUGAAAAGAUUAUGGAAUAGGAUGAGAUAUUCAUUUGUAUUUUUACGGUAAAGUUUUAUGAAGUUUGGAGCUGGUGGUAGACCACUUAUAGCACUUGUGGUUGAAACCAUAGACUUUGGAGCAAGACUUCGAAUCCUAGCUCCAUUUUUCUCUAACUAUGUGUCCUUGGGCAAGUAGCUUAACCUCUUUGUGUCUUAGUUUCUCAGUCUCCUCAUUUAUAAAAUGGAAAUCAUAAUAUCGUCUGCCUUAUAGGGUUAUGAGCAUAAGUCACAAGUAUAAGUUAAAUGUUGGGACAGUGGCUGGUACAUGGUGAGCUCUCACUAAUGUUACCUAUUUUCAUUUUGAUUUAUACUUCCUGAUGUCCCAGGGGCAAAUUUUUUCGGUUCUCCUUUUUUGUGAAGGUAUCUUGGCAUAAAAGUUUGAGAAGCCCUUCCCCAGGGUCCUCUCCAAUAUGUUGCACUUGCCUCUCUCUGUUGGUCUUUUGUAAUGUUUCAUGAAUGUAUUGUUUUCUUUUCUUUUUUUGCAACACGAUUAAAAACAAAGAGUAGCUGUUUUAGGAAUUUGGAAAGUGAAGGGGAAUGUCCCUCAGUUUCAUUCAUUUUUAAAAUAAAAUAACCUAAUAAUUGGGAGUAGUGAGCCAUGGUGAAGAUUUCGGAGGUAGGGAAGUGAAAAUUUUCAAAGUCUCAGCUCUCCUUGGGACCAAUAUUUGGA